UUACAAUGGCACUAAGCACAUACUUCAACUUUGAAACUCUUCAAAUUCCCAACUUAGAAACAAACACUUUCCAUGAAGCCAUGCCAGAAGAAGUAGCAGCACCAAACCUCCAACAGCUUUUUCCCUAUUCAGAUGAAAGCUUCUUUCUUUCAGACGCGCUUUUUGAGAACUAUAUUGACCCAACUGGUGGUUUUCUCUAUCCUCCAGACGUAAACCCUCCUUAUGAUGGGGACAUUUUCCCAACUCAUAAAGAUUACAAACUUCUCCCAUGUUCAAAACGCCAAAAGUGCUGCUAUGAGGAACAACAACGACAACAAGAACACGUGUACUCUUCUUCAUUGCAAGAGUUUACUACACCCACACUACCAUCCAGUUUCUUAGAUGGCUUUGUUAUUCCUUAUGAUAAUUGCUGCUCCUUGCAAGCAGAGGAACUGCAACAGAAACUCUUCUCCGAGACACAAUAUGGUGAUACUUGUGUUGAUCUUCCAUGUGAGAAGAAAGGCAAUGAGAGAACCAUAUCUCCACAGAGUGUAGCGGCGAGAGAAAGGAGAAGAAAGAUCACUAAGAAGACUCAAGAGCUUGGGAAGUUGGUCCCUGGUGGACCAAAGAUGAACACAGCUGAGAUGCUUCAUGCAGCUGGAAAGUAUGUUAUGUACCUUCAGGCCCAAGUUGGGAUGCUUGAACUCAUGAACACACUCGAGGAAGAUAAAGCUGAACCUCCUCCUGAAAAUCUACACGCUCUGGUUGCUUCUCCCUUUGUUCAAGAGAAGUUGUACACGGAGGAAAGGUGCUUUGUUCCAAAAGAAGUUGUCACUACUUUGACAAAUCACAAGGAUGUUCAAUCGAGACCUACCAUUCUUAAGGAUCUUAAACAGCUGAUUGGGACAGACAUUGAGAAGAAAGCAAAGCAAGAAUGA